GACUCUGUAGCUGGUGCAUAGUUCACACACCCUCAUCUCAAAGUGCAGCGCUGAGACUCUGUUGUCAGCAUCAAGCCGAGUUCCUUGGAAAAGUGAAACGAUGACCCACUACUUCAGUUUGGUAUGUGAUGCAUUCAUUAUCUGAUAACCGACAUCCUAGCACUAACUCUGGAGCACAGUUAGUUGGAAUCACAAAGACUUGACUUAAAUUUUGUAUUAUGUUUCAUAAAAAUGCCUGUGAUGCAACAUCCUAGCUUCAUUGAACUUGCGUUGUCGGAAAGUGCUUUGUUACCCACCAUGCACACAAAGCUGCCGCAGAGAUACCCCCUACCUGUAAAAAAAAAAAAAAAAAAAAAAAAAAAAAAAGCAAAACAAAAAAAAACACUGCAGCUUUUCUUUUUAAAUUCAGAUGUUGAAGAGCUGUAGGAUUCACAGUCACAGGAAGUCCAGGCUUGUGAUCAGUCAGGUAAUGGAAGCCCAGCACACAGGCGGCUGUGCUACAGAGGGUACAAAACUCUGAAGACAAAGCGCAAAAGGCUGACGAAGCUCUUGCUAGAGCUUUGGAAGAUCUGCACAAAGUAAAGUCAGUAGGUUUUACUGUAUAACAUUUUCUUAGAUAAUGAUCUUUGAACACAUAUAUAACCUGACACGUUCUUUUUAAUUUGCAUGAGCAUACAGCACCAUUAUUUGUUAUGCUUAAACAGUAUAACAAAAGCCAUGGCAAUCCAUCAAAAAACACAAUUUCAAUAUUUUAAAUUGUACUGGUGGUUUCACAGACCCCAAAAUAACACUAAUCUUGGACUAUCUUUGGUAACAUUAGGUAACCUUUAAGAGAAUGCUUUUUCAAUGCAUGCAUAGUCAUAUCGGAAAUAAAUACAGUACAGGUGAAGUUAAAAAGCUAAAGCCCUCAACAUGAUUUUCGUCAAUUUAGCUAUUUUAGCCUCGGGCUGUGAGCCUCAGUAGUUUGUAGAGUUUAUCUGUUUUCAGCUGCUGUUUUUUAUCAUCACUACCAGCAGAGGGAUUCUGAGCUUCUGCAUGAUGGGAAGCGUGGUAGGAAAAUUCCACUGCAGCAGAGUUGCUCCUCUUCAUGGUCCAGUUAUUCUGCCUCAAGGGUGUGUUUGAAAUUGAUUACAGACAAUUUGCCCAGAAUGUGGUGAUGAACGCAGAUGUGGGGACGGGUGCUUCAGCAGGCGGUGCUGUAGCAGGGCUGCGAGCCGAUGAGGACGAUGCUUACUUCAGCUCGUACGGGCACUGUGGAAUCCACGAGGAGAUGCUGAAGAGCUACUGGGAUUUCAUAUACCUAAAUCCAGAUGUCUUCAAGGACAAGGUGGCUGGUUUUAACUAUCCUAGCAACAAGCUGAGGAAAGGCUGGCAAAAUAAUCUGAAAUCCGUCUGUUUAUUUGUCUCUUGCUAGAAAUAGAUUGCUUGUGUCUCCUGACAAGAAAAUAAUGAUUUAUUUCAAAUACUUUGUUGUCGUGGUUCAGAAGGAUCAAUUUUUAAGCCAGCUUCUUUGCAGAUAAGAAAAAGGUGACCUAAAAUGGAAUACAUCGAUUUUCAAAUUGUUUGUGAAUCAUAGAGGCAACAAAAAAGUUAGAACAAAUGAAAAACUUUUUAAAAGUCAUCAUUCAUAGUAGUUUUGGAAUGAUAACACCGUGUAACAAUUUUUUUUUUUUUUUUUUGUGCCUGGGUAGUAAGUGUUAUUUCCUAAUUGCCUAUGCCU